UCCUCCGAGCCAGAACCCUUUUUUCAAAUUGAUGACGAAUGCAUCGAACAAAACAAGGACGCGUGAAAACAAAACUGUUGACAGACGAGUUCCGCAUCUUCAUCCACGUUGCGUGUUGGUGGUGCCGCUUUCGGUUUUUUUGUUGAAUGCUGCAAAAUCGCUGCAUACGCAUAGUUAGUUCGGUGUUCAACGGUGCUCCAUUGAUGACACGUCGCUUGCCCCCCGGAAGAAGAAUGAACGCUCUCGAACGAGUCAUUUCCAAUAACAAAGCCGCCGAAGAGCUGCUUCGCUCACUCCAGGAGGAAUUCAAAGCCCUCAAGAACGAGAAAGCGCUCCGUCGUAUCGAGGAACUCAAGGUGGAAAAUGAUGUCCUGCGAAAGCAAAUUGAAUCUGCCCGACAGCAGUUGAUCGAACUUGAAACACGAAAUGGUAAGAAGCAGAUUCCGGUGCCCGGACAGGUGGCAGCUACUGUCGAUGUUACUCCAGUGGUUGUGAAGGUGGAACAGAGCUUGAAAGCGGAGCAACCAGCGGUUCAACAGAAGGCGGCGGAAGGGAAGCAACAAAAAGAGAAGAAACCCAAAAAGGAUAAACCAGCCGUUGAGGGUAAAGGAACGGCUGCCGCUGGUGCGGCAUCAGCAGCCGAGGAACCGCCGAUCGACGUCGGUCGACUGGAUAUGCGCGUGGGAAAAAUAGUCGAAGUCUCACGACAUCCAGAUGCGGAUGCGCUGUAUCUGGAGAAAAUCGACGUGGGCGAGCCAAAUCCAAGGACCAUCAUUUCCGGUUUGGUACGGUUUGUCCCAAUCGAGGAAAUGCAGGACCGCCUGGUGGUUGUUCUGUGCAACUUGAAACCGGCCAAAAUGCGUGGAAUACUCUCCGAAGGAAUGGUAAUGUGUGCGUCUACGCCGGAGAAGGUCGAAGUACUGGCUCCGCCGGCCGGAUCCGUUCCAGGGGAUUUGGUUCAUGUGGAAGGUUAUCCGCGGGUUCCGGACGCAGUUAUGAAUCCCAAGAAGAAAAUAUUCGAAACCGUGGCCCCCGAUUUGCACACCAACGAGCAGUUGGUGGCUUGCUACAAGGAGGGUCCGUUUGUUGUCCCCGGGAAGGGGCAGGUUGUGUCGCAAACGUUGAAGAAUGUUCACGUGAAGUAGAAAAGUGAUGGUAUUCGGGAUGCGCUUUUUGGAAGUUUAUUGUAAGAGACAAUAAAGAUCUUGAAUAAAUUUAGUAAAA